CAAAGUCUCACAGAGGUUUUAAAGCAAAUCAAGAAGAAUAUCCACAAGAAAAUCAAGAAGGCGGCAUGAAAGCUUUCCGGCAACGUUCUCUGUCGGACCGCCGCGUAGAAUUGGUCAAAAACUCAGGAAAGGAAUGAAAAAGACAGCACGGGCAAAUCCAAGAUAUCAAAGAAAAUCAGGGGUCAGAUCGCGAAAAACAUAAUCAUACAGAAACCAUAUCGGGUUGGUUGUUUGGUUGGUCAGUCCCUACUCCCUUCUGGCCUUUCCCUGUCAAUUGGGAAUAGUCCACACUAAAGAAGAAGAAGAAGAAGAGCCCGGGGAAGAACGGUGCCUGAAUAGUUGAUUAAUUUUGUUGAAUUUAUGUUCAGUUGUUAAUCUAAUUGGGAGUCGCGUUCCUCGGAUUGCAAGACUUUCAUUUCCAAUCGAAGCAUAUCAUCUGCGAUUUGUGUUUAGGAAUUGUUGUUGUUUGUGUGUUUUUUAAUCAUAUGGCAAACUCAAAGGGAGGGUCAUCCAGUGGCAUAAGGAAUAUGAUGUACAAUGCGAAGAACUCUUUACUGCCACCUAAAAGUCCGUUUCCGAUCAUGACCCCAUCGUCCUAUGUCCAUACUGCAAUGGCCACACAAAAGGGCAUUCCUGUCCAGAAGCCAAACAACCACCAGCGCACUUCGUCCGAGAGCUUUCUGAUGGACGAACAGCCAUCCUGGCUCGAUGACCUCCUCAAUGAAGAGCCCGACACCCCUGUGCGAAGGGGAGCUCAUCGCCGUUCCUCCAGUGACUCUUUUGCGUAUUUGGAUGCUGCCAAUCUUUCAAGCUUUGAUCACGCUUUUCAAAAUUCUUGGGGGCCCCACCGCGAGUUCAAUCAGCCCGGAGAUGGUUGGCGCGCUGCUGCUUUUUAUGCGGAUUCUAAUCUGUCAACUAGACACAAUAGUCAGGCAAGAGAUGCAUCUCCUGCACGUAAACUUGUGGUUCCUUCUCCAAGAGAAAGUAAUGUUGGGGUUCAACAUAUGGGAACAAUGCCACAAGGAGCUGAUGGGACCCAGUCUCUGACAAGCGAGAAGCGGGACCCGGUUGAAUCUGGACCAGUGGAUUCAAAAAGCUCUGCCGAAAAGAAGGAAUCCAAAACUUCUGCCUCAGAAUCAGACACAAAGCGUGCUAAGCAGCAAUUUGCGCAACGUUCACGAGUUCGGAAGCUUCAAUACAUUGCUGAGCUGGAAAGAAAUGUCCAAGCUCUACAGGCUGAAGGUUGUGAGGUUUCGGCUGAGCUCGAAUUCCUCAACCAGCGAAAUCUGAUUAUGAACAUGGAGAAUAAAGCUCUAAAGCAGCGACUAGAAAGUUUAGCUCAAGAACAACUUAUAAAGUAUUUUGAGCAAGAAGUAUUAGAGAGGGAAAGAGGGAGACUGCGCUCCUUGUAUCAGCAGCAGCAGCAACAAAACAAAACAAACCAGCAGCAGGCAUCUACUGGUCAUAGGCGAACCACAAGUAGAGAUCGUCUCGAUCAACAAUUUUCAAACCUUUCUUUGAAAAACAAGGAAGCCGCUUCCUCUGAUCACGAACCCCCCAUCUCUGGCCAACUCCAAACCUGACCUCCAUUCCGUUCAUUGAGCCAAAGCUUCCGCUUUUAUCAUAAUCUGCUGACUUUUCCUUCAGCCAGUAUGGCCUGAAACUAUAAUCAGAGUGUCGCGUCAUUAUUUAAGCUUAUUUCAUACUUUCGUUCUUUCUUUUUUUUCAUUUUUCCCUUUUGAGAUGUUUAAUGUGCACCUGGCUGGUGAUUGGUGUGCCAGGAAAUAUAAUGUUUUCUGGCAAUUGCUGGCCUGGGGUGAUUGUU